UUCCGGGUGCGGUCACGUGGGCGGCGCGUCAUGUGACCUGCGGCGCUGCGGGCCGGAGGCCAUGGCCGCCCCCCGCCCUCCCCGGGUGGUGCCGGGCGAAGCCUCCGAGAGCGACUCGGAGCCAGAGCUGCUGGUGGAGACAGCCGGGGAGGCCCUCGGGGCCGGGCUGAAGGUGCCGGGCGAAGCCUCGGAGACGGACGAGGAGGAGGAGGAGGAGCAGCAGAGGCCGAAGACGCCGCCGGUGCUGGCGGAGGAGCCGGCGGCCGUGUGGGGGGGCGGCCCCUCGCUGCUGCAGCAGCGGCUGCGGGAGGGGACGGGGCGGCUGCGGGGGGCGGUGGGCAGCGCCCUGCGGCAGAGCUACGGCAGCGCCGCCCGGAGCCUGGGCGGGCUCGGGGGAGCCCUGGGCCGGGCGCAGGUCACCGCCGCCGCGGCAGCGCACUGCCUGCGCCUGGCCCGCCGCGAUCUGCGCGCCGUGGCCGACACCAUCGACAUCGUCACUGCGUGUCACCUCCUGCCCGACAUCCGCGGGCAGCUCUGACCGGCACAGCCGCUUCAGCAUCCCCACUGCGGCUGGCACCAGCGGCGGCACCAACACGGGGAGGACAUCUAGCAGCACUGCUUCCUUCCCUCGGCAUCGACAGUACCGCAUCUGCCACGGCGGGGUCAGCGCCGGCAGGAUCAGCGCUGCUGAGGGUGGAGUUCCGACAUGGAGUCAUGUUUGCAGCACCCCUCACUGACCCUGAAGACCUCCUCAGCACGGUGGCAUCAUCACCAGUGUACCACAGUGACACCAAACAGUGGCUUUGGCACAGAGACUGCCAGCGUGGUGCCCCAGGACCUGCAUGUGCUGGUGACAUCUUCACUGCUGGGCCCCUGGCCAGCUGCCAGCAUCCCUGAACUGCAGCUUGGUGCUGGCUCACCACCAUUGUCCCCGAAUGCCACUGUUUUAUGUGACAUGGAACUGAAUAAAGGCAUGGUGGUGUCAGA